CUUCGUCGAUCUUCGUGCCAAAAUUUAAAGAUGGCUAACCCAUUCGGGCUAUGCACCUGAAUUUGUAUUAUUUCUCAGUAGUCGAUGAAUGUUUAACAUUCCUACAGCUUUCCGUUUUGCGAGUCGCGUUCCAUUAAUGAAGAGAACACGAGCUGCUUCUAAGGCCCAUUCCGUCGAGAAAAGUGGCAAUGGCUUCAAUGCAGAUGAAGUGGGAACGAAGGGUACUGAUGAAAAAACCUUGCACAAUCGUAAACUGAGUGCAGUAAAAAAUACUGAAUAUUCUAACCAGGAGAAAAAUAAAAUUAAUUUGCAAGUCUUGAAAGACAGAAAUAAAAUGGUCAAAGAAGAAUUUCAGCCAAAUGUACCUCCUCCAAAAAAUAAACCUAGAGCAGUCGUGGAUCUUAAGAUGAUGACAGAAGAAUUAAAACAUUUGGAAGAUCCACCAGUAACUGAAUGGGAGAAGGAGAUAUGCUCGAACAGAUUGCCAUACUCGUUCUAUGAUCGUCCAUGUGAAGAACUGGCACAGAACUUAUUAGGAAAAAUACUAGUUCGUUGCUUAGAAAAUGGAACUAUUCUAAAAGGUAGAAUUGUUGAAACAGAAGGAUAUUUGGGAACAGUUGAUAAAGCAUCACACACAUAUCAGAACAAAGUUACUCCACGUAAUAUACCGAUGUACAUGCCACCAGGCACCAUAUACGUGUACAUGACGUAUGGAAUGUAUCAUUGCUUCAACAUAUCUAGUCAAGGUGAGGGAUGUGCCGUUUUAAUAAGAGCCGUCGAGCCUUUAGAAGGUACCGAAUAUAUGGCCAGUCAACGAACUGCAAAAGGUUCAUCGAAUGCACCUAAAAAACUUUCGAAAGCUUUGAAAACGCACGAACUGUGUAAUGGACCGUCGAAACUGUGCAUGGCUUUCCAGCUUCAAAAGAAUCAUAGUAAAUACACCCUGUGCUCGUGGAAAGGUUUAUGGAUUGAAAACGAUCGAUCGGAGCCGACAGAGGAAAUCGCUAUUGUCAAAUGUCCCAGGAUAGGAAUCGAUAACAGAGAAGAGUGGACGGACAAACCAUUACGCUAUUACAUUCUCGGGAAUAUGGCAGUGAGUAAACGGAACAAGGAAGUUGAAAGGCGGUUAGCUCAGAAAUAAAUUAUUAUUGAUACAAGAAUUUAUUUGAUAAAUACUCUUUUAAUAUGAUGUAACACAUCGUUUAAAUCUAUUUCUGUAUGCACGUACUUAAUUACGCGGUCGAAAUAAUCAUGAUCUGUACAAUUGAUGUCGUCCUGGUGUAACACGAGGCUUUUUCUUAAUGUUACACAUUAUUAUAUGAUACACGUAAAAAAUAAUAAAUAUACAAAUUAAAUGUACAUGAUUUGGAAUA